AGUGGUUGCUUGGGUUGCGCGCUGUCUUGUCCGUGAAAGGGCAUUAGAUGUUAAAGGAGAAUAUACGCGUCAAUAUACGUUUGAUACGUACCUAUAUGCUCUGAGGACAGAGAAGCAUGGCCUCAGUCUGGCUCAGUGUGGUAAUUUUCAGUACAGUGAGCCUGUGCUCGGAAUGUUUUGUGUUUGAUGCCGAGGAGAUAAAAUCGCUGAAUUUUGUGGUGGACAUAUCGGACCAGCCGGUGCUCCUCAGUGAGACGCCGGGGGAGCGCACCGUGCAGAUGUACAACCGGGCCGGCCAGCCGUACUCGUGCCAGCUGCCGGACACGGAGGCGCUGCUGCAGCCGCACAGGGAGGACGCCGAGGCCGGCCAGCUCGCCUCCGUGCCCAGCCUGUUGGCGCCCAUGUCAAGCGGGCCGUGUCUGCAGCGUACCCGCGACUGGUGGACCUACGAGCUCUGCCCCAUGGCCGAGAUCCGGCAGUACCAUCUCGAGGGCGGCCAGAUAGUCGGCCCGGUGAGCGUGCUGGGACGGUUCGAAUCGGACUACGACUGGAGCGGCGACGACGGCCGGUCGCGCCACGCCAAGCACCGCUACCACAGCCAGACGUAUGUCAAACGGCUCUGACUGCGACCUGACGGGCCGGCCCCGGUCGGCAGAGGUCAGGUACGUAUGCGAGGAGGGCGGCGCGGACGCGCUGGUCCGGGUCGAUGAGCCCGAGACGUGCCGUUACGUGCUGACGGUGCGCACGGCGCGGCUGUGCGCGCACCGUCGGCUGGCGCCGCCGCCCAGCCGCCGGCCGCAGCCGGUCACCUGUCGGCCGGCGCUCAGUGCCCAGCAGCUCCAGCGACUGGCCGAGGCGCGACUGGAGCGGGCGCGCCGCGACGCCGAGCGCGCCGCCGCCGACAGGGAGCGGCGCGAGAGCGGCAGGAGAGAGCGGCAGCGUCAGAGCGCCGAGAGCGGCAGGAGAGAGCGGCAGCGUCAGAGCGCCGAGAGCACGGCGGCGGGCAGCAGCGAGCGGUCCGGCGACAGGGGCAGGUCCUACCUGGAGAAAGCGAAGCACUUGUUUGACGGAAUCGCAGCUCAGACAAAUAAGCUUGGCAAUGUACUGGAGGACGUCAUUCACAACUACGUUCACAUAGUAUCGGAAUUUAACACAGAGAAGGAGUACGGCCUGGAGCGUCUGCAUGAGCUCCAGGACCGGCACCGCGCCGCGCGCGAGCACCACGCCGCGCACGCUGACCGGAUCCGGGCGCUGUUCGAACUGGCCGACCGCGGCCACUACCUGACGGCGCAGAUUGUCAGCGACCUGCUGGCCUACACCGACACACUAUCCGUCUUCUCUGAGGUGAUGGUCGGUAUAUCGGACGAGUCCCGCCGGCUGAAGGAGUUUAUGAGCAGCGAGCCGGCUAUGGUGACGGACGGCACCCUGGGCCACCUGAUCUCCACCAUGGCCAGCCUCUCCCAGCUCUCUGUCCAGCUGCGACGCUUCUUCGCCGAUACGGAGGUGUGGCAGGCGGAGCUGCUGACCUGGCAGGCCGACCUGGAGUCCACGGAGGACUCAGAGUCCCCGGUGGACUCUGAGUCACCGGUGGACUCCGAGUCACCGACCGAAGGCCAAUCCGACCCGGCCGUAGGGGAUGCGGACCCCACAGGCGAUAGUGCUGAGCCGACAGACGCCGACUCCGAGGAGCAGGCCACGCUGGACGUACUGGAGCUGCUGAGGACGCACUCUGAGCGCUCCUCCGAGGACAGAAGGAGCUCGUCUGAGGACAAGGGGAGUUCCUCUGUGGAGGACAGUCCGCUGUCCUCUGAGGACUCCGACGAGGACGAUACAGAGGAUGAGGAUGAGGAGGAUGAUCUGGAGGAGUCUGCUGACUCACCGAAAAAGAAACGAGUAAAGUUCUCCACUCUGCGCUCCCUGGGUCUGGACAAAAUGGUUCAGAUCAGUGAGAUUGACCGCGAACAGCGGGUCCAGAUAGAGCGGGCCGUCAAACAGAAACUGCACAAAGUCGGACUGGAUACCAACGGUCCGGAGAUAAAGGUGCGCUUCCUCAAGUUCCCGGACGUGGACCACCUGGACCGGGACCACACUCUCAGUGAGGAGGAGAUGGCCGCCUUCGAGAACGCCCUCAUCGCCGUCAUGAUGGGCGGUAACGAGGCGCUCGUGGAGCAUGAGAAGCAUUCGCAGCAGGCGGCCAACUACGAGUACAGCUUCGAGCGGGCCGUCAACGACCUGGAGUCGGAGCCCGGCCCGGCGGACGGCGGCGACGAGCAGCCGCCGGCCCCCGACCCCGGACUGUUCACACUGGUGUAGGGGCGCCUGUCCCGCCGACCCGGGACUGUUCACACUGGUGUAGGGGCGCCUGUCCCGCCUGUCCCGCCAGCCACCGACCCCGGACUGUUCACACUGGUGUAGUAGGGGCGCCCGUACCGCCCGUACCGCCGACCCGGGACAGGCCACACUGGUGUGGGUGGCGCGGGACGGACGGAGGAGGUCGGACAGUCACCCCACUGUCGGUCAGGGGCGACGGCGAGUGACGCCGAUCCAUGGGGGUGGCGAGCUUGUGCUUGGAGCUGAAGAGAGUUGACGUACUUCCGAAUUUUGGAUUAUCCAUAAAGCUACCUCUCGCCUGUUUCCAGACUAGGCAUGGUUGGCGACAACAGGGUACCCUGCGUAAAAUUACUAAUGAGGCCUUUGCUAGCCCUCACGUCUUUUUCUAAGUCACGAUGCACAUGAUGGGCGCACAGCUAUGUUGGAGCUCUGAAUGUCUGGCGUAGCGUGACCCUGCACAGGCAUCAUGUGCCUAUGUAACAUACAUGACUGUAUCAAAACAGGCCUGGGGAGUUGUGUGCCUGUGCGCAUGCUAGUGAUGGUAGGAUGCGCUAUAGGCGAUCAGUGUCACGUUCUUAACGCAUCUCUGCGUUUCGAGCUAACAGAAUCUUGUCGCGCUCUGGGGAGCUUUCCCCCGAAAUCUUUUGUCGAUAAGGGAAGUCACCGACAGGUAUAAAUAUAUCCGUAAGUCUCGGUGUCCUGAUCAGACGGCGCGGCUGUGGGUGCGCUCUGAGCGCCGUCGCGGCUCCUGCGGUGGUAGCUGACUGUGGCCUGUGCGGUGGAUGGUGUUACUGUGACUGUGACCUGUGCGGCGAGCUGUUACUGUGACGGUGACCUGUGCGGCGAGCGGUGCCACUGUGACUGACCGGUGCGGUGGGUGGGGUAUGACUGCCACCCCGCCUCACCGCGAGCCGGUACCAGCGGCGGUGAUGUCACCCCCGUAUGGGCGGUGUUACUGUGGGGUGUAUUACCGGUGUGUUUUGGGCGUACGGUCCCGGGGUGAUGGGCCCCCGCCGGGCCGAGUUGUCUUUCACGGGUUCCGGGGCACCGCUGGGGCGUUUGGCUGUUAUUUGUUGUUCCGCCCGGUCGACCGGCUGGCCGCUGCAGUUUUGUUAUGUACCAGAGUGUGAUCGGUUUGCCUUUACGUGCGGUGUCGUAUCGUAUGCUGGUUGUGUUCGGGGUGUUAUGCACGCUCAUGUUCGUCUGUGACCGCACAGAAUACCGUGGAACUAUCCUAUCGCUCCCGCCGGCGGCAUGGUCGGCCUCGCACUCUCGCGUGUAGAUGAGGCAACUACUGCCUGGAGCGCUGACUUGGGGUUUUCUCUGUGGCCGCUGUGGGCGCUCCGGUCGCGGGUUACGUUUUUGAAACACCAUCCACCAAAAUGCCCUCUCAGAACAUGUUUGUGCCAGUCAAUAAGUCUAGAUAAGUCUAGAUGCAUUCAAGCCGUUACAUUUCCGUUUUUAUCAAACGUACAAAUCGUAGACUGCAGCAGCACUGUGUGCCUCUGCGACUUUCGAGUCUGAUAACUUGCGACUGCGAUAUCCGUCCUGGCUGAAACGCUGCACGAAUCUGAGCCGCUUCUGUUGCCUCACAUCUACCUAUUUUCUGAAUGGGGUUACCAUAUCGUUUGAGUGGAAGGACUGUGUUAUUGGUUUCAGCCUUUCGUAGCGGUAAGGGGACGCCGCGCUACUUGUGAUCUGUUGUUCAAUGUAUUUUUAUGGAAAUAUACGUCGCUGAUAAA